AUGUUACCCGCUCAUGCCGCCCUGGAGCUAGCAUACGCUGGGAAUGCGAAGGAGUUAAUUUUUUCGAUGGUCAUCGAGCGAGCUGUAGCGCUAUGGAAACGCCAGCACUACGAGUCUUAUGGUCCGAAACUAGGAAUAAUUUCAGCAAUCGUUUCGAUUUUUGUGUCAUUUAUCGCCAUGGCGUGGGCAAUGCAGAACGACGAUUUUUCAACACAGAGCUUCUACUGUUCUGUCGUCACGGAAAAUUCUGCCAACCGGCUCACGAUUCUGACAUAUGCACUUUGUGGCAUUGAUCUCAUCACGAUGAUAGGAACUAUUUUCUUGAACGUUUUCAACAGUUAUGCUAUGAGACGGUACGUAUGUAGUGGAUCACUCAAUAGAUUCAAAAAGUCCUUUAAUCAACAGUCGUAUCAACUGCGUGAGAAUGCCAACGUUAUUCGAGUGAUGUUGCCGUUGGCCGUCUUCCAAACAAUUUGCUAUAUGAUAUUUUGUUUUGGAUACCCUGUUAUCUAUGCACUUCCGCGCUCACAUGUCGGUCGCCAAGUUUCGAACUUAUGCUACGUUAUACCCUACUACACCGUUGUUUCUCCCAUCCUAAUCUGGCUCAUUAUCCGAUGGUCAAAACAAAUGAAUGCGACAAAGCUGAGGAAUCUCAGGGUUGAAACGAAGUCGGAGAAAGACGUCUAUUUCCAGGAACUUUAUAGGGUUUGGAACGCUGUACCAUUGAAUAAGUAA